UGGCAGACGCUGACGCCAAGUAACUGCCUAGACUGGACGACGCUGCCGUGGCCGUUGUUGCGAGCACCGGCGGGGCCGGACGACAUUACGGCGGGCGGGGUGGAAGCGUAUGUGAGGUCGCCGGACGAGGGGCGUACGGCGCGGGAUCGCGUGCGCGAGCUGUUGAGGAAGUGGCAUCCGGAUCGGUUCGAGACGAAGCUUCUGCCGCUGGUGGCAGAGGAGGAGAGGGAGCGAGUGAAGGAGGGCGCUGGCGCGGUGGUACGGGCAUUGAAUGAGUGCUUGACGAGGUUGAACUCGGGCGAUUGA